AUGGGAAACUACUUCAGUUCUAUAUUUGACAGACUAUGGGGCAUCAACAAGGAUGUACGUAUUUUAAUUUUAGGGCUAGACGGUGCAGGUAAAACUACUAUAUUAUACUUUUUAAAGAUUGGGGAAGUGUUCAAUACAAAUCCAACAAUUGGUUUCAAUGUAGAAACAUUAACUUAUAAAAAUUUAAAAUUAAAUGUAUGGGACCUAGGUGGUCAAACAAGCAUCAGGCCAUAUUGGCGAUGCUACUAUGCCAAUACAGCUGCAGUUAUAUUUGUUAUUGAUUCUACAGAUACAGAUCGUAUUCAAACUGCCUCCAAAGAAUUGCAUCUAAUGUUGAAGGAAGAGGAAUUACAAGAUGCUGCGUUAUUGGUUUUUGCAAAUAAGCAAGAUUUACCUGGUGCUUUAAGUGCUAGCGAAGUUAGCGACUCUUUAAAAUUGGUGGAUUUAAAAGAUAGAAGCUGGAGCAUAGUAGCAUCUAGUGCUAAAACUGGAGAAGGUAUCCAUGAGGGUCUAGAUUGGUUAAUUGAUGUGAUCAAAGAAGAACAGUUACAAUAG